AUGACCGUUCCCAAGAUGCCGGGCAGUGAUACCCGCCCUAAUUUCUUAAUUAUCCUUGCCGAUGACCUGGGCUAUAGCGAUAUUGGCUGCUUUGGAAGCGAGAUCAGAACGCCUCACCUGGACAAACUGGCUCGGAAUGGCGCUAGAUUUACGGAUUACCACACGGCAGCAGCCUGCAGCCCUACGCGAUCCAUGCUGCUCACUGGCACGGACAACCAUAUUGCUGGCGUUGGCAUAAUGAGCGAGCAAAAGGGGCAGAAUCCAGAGCGAUGGGAUGUUCCCGGCCACGAAGGAUUCCUCAACCACGAUGUUGCCGCCAUGUCGGAGAUUCUCCAGGACAACGGAUAUCACACUCUUAUCAGUGGGAAAUGGCACUUGGGGUACAGGCCAGACAACAAUGCUGCCGAGCGUGGGUUCGACCGAGCCUUUACCUUGCUACCGGGAACGUCGAACCAUUACGGCCAUGAGCCCCAGAUCGAUGACAAGGACUACGGCCCGUUUUUCUCUCGGGUCAGCCCACAGCUUUACACUCUCGACGGAAAAAAGUUCGACGUCGAACCCAACGUCACAAACGACCCUAAGGGCUUCUACUCCUCAAACUACUACACCGACAAUCUAGUAGACUGGCUCGAAGAGCGCACGCCAGCUGACCGCGAAAAACCCUUCUUCGCCUACCUCCCCUUCAGCGCGCCUCACUGGCCACUCCAAUGCAGCAAGGCCGAUCGUGAUAGGUAUGAAGGCGUGUAUGAGGACGGCCCGGGGGCUCUGCGCCUGCGGAGACUGGAGAAGAUGAAGAAGAUGGGCCUGAUUCCGGAGGAUGUUGUGCCGCAUGAGGUUGUGGCUGGCCCGUGGAAUCUGGAGUGGGAGGAGAUGACGCCGUAUGAGCGCAAGUGUUCGGCACGCGCGAUGCAGUGUUUCGCCGGGAUGGUAGAUAAUAUUGAUCAGAAUGUUGGAAAGAUUGUGCAAUAUUUAAAGAGGUCAAAGGAGUUUGAGAACACGGUUAUUAUUUUCCAGAGCGAUAAUGGUGCUGAGGGUGCGGACUACGAGGCUAUGCCUACUAUGGGCGCGGAUCUCAUGCGAGUUGUGAAGAUGUAUUAUGACAACACCUUCGAUAACAUCGGGAAUGCAACAUCGUAUGUUUGGUACGGAUCAAGGUGGGCACAAGCAUCAACCGCACCGUCGCGUUUGUACAAGAUGUAUACAACUGAAGGUGGCAUCAAAGUCCCUUUCAUCAUCCACUAUCCAAAGUUCGUAAAGGAAGCACAAAAUGGAGCCAUAAUCGAUGCCUUUUCGACAGUCAUGGAUAUUUGUCCCACAUUCCUUGACCUCGCAGGCAUCACCCACCCCGCUGCCGAUGGACAGCCAGGUACCUUUAGGGGUCGAAAGGUUGCGCCGAUGCGUGGCAAGUCUUGGGUUCCGUACCUGGUUGACGGGAAAUCCGUCGGCGAAGGCAUGGCUGGCAUCCACGGCGAUACGAGCAUGGGGUGGGAGCUCUUCGGCAGAGGCGCAGUCCGCCAAGGGCCUUGGAAGCUGGUGCAUAUAGACGCUGGAGUUGGCGGCGGCAAGUGGCAGCUGUACGAUCUCUCUAAGGACCCUGGGGAGACGAAUGAUCUCACGGACUCCAACCCCACAAAGGUCGAGGAGAUGAAGAAGUUGUGGGAGCAGUAUGUCAAGGAGACUGGUGUCGUCUGGGGGCCACAUGAUGAUAUUGAGACCACCGGACCAGAGUGGGGAGCAAACGACCCUAGCAUUAUUGGUGGCGAUCAUAUGGCGCACAUUAAGGCUUGGAUGCAGGUGCGGAAGGGGGAAACUCCCCCGUUGCCUGCCCCGGUAGUACGGAAGUGA